AUGUUAUUUAUAUUGUUAAUAAUUAUAUUAUGUAAAAAUAUAUUUUGUUUGAAAGGAUACAAUCUUGUAGUUUUAUAUGAUCCUUAAAUAUAGUAUACCAUUUUUUUAGAACUAUUUUUUCCCAGUGUGUUCCAGUUUGUGCAGCUAUUAAUUUCUUUAAAUCACCUAUUGUGUCAUCCGGAUUGCAUUUAACUCUAACUUUCUUUCCAAGACGAUCAUUACAUGUUAUUUCUAACAUCUUUUCCCUUAAAAUAUCAAAAAAUAUUACACUUAUGUGUUAA